AUGCUGGAUGCACUCUCUCGUUCACCAGUUCAGAGCUUUGUUGAGGACAAUGAUUUGGUGGAUGAUGCAGAUCCAUUGCAUGCUGCUGUUGUAUUGUCUUUAUUAGCUACUUGUGAGGAGGGCAUAAGGUUAGCACCUCUACAGGACCAGACGCUGGAUAAGAUUCGUGAUGCUUCUGCACAUGAUGUUUAUGGACCUAGACUUCUCAUACCUCGCAGCCUGCGUAGCGAAACUUUGCAGUGUCUACAUGAUGCUCACCAAGGAGUGGACCGCACCAAGCGUCGAGCACGCCAGACUAUAUACUGGCCAGGGAUUGACAGGGACGUUGAGGAUACAGUGAAGUCUUGUUCUCGUUGCCGAGAGCUGUUACCAGGUCAGAAGAAUGAGCCUUUGAUGCAGGAAGACUUGCCAAGUCGAGUAUUUGAGUCCGUGUCUGCUGAUUAUUUUCAUAUCUCAGGCAAGACAUUUCUUGUGUACAUUGAUCGCCUAUCAGGUUGGCCGUAUGUAUCUUCGUGCAAUGGAUCACCUUCUGCAGCUCAACUAGUUAGUUUGUUGAGGCCAAUAUUUUCAGACACAGGUAUGCCUGUAGUACUGAAAACGGACGGAGGACCGCAGUUCGCUUCAUCAACAUUGCAGCAUUUUCUUGCUCGAUUGGGGAUGGAACACCGCGUGACAUCGCCCUAUAAUCCAAAAGCAAAUGGUCAUGCCGAAGCUACCGUGAAGAUUAUCAAGAAGUUGAUUUUGACGAUCACAGGAAAUGGCAAGCUGGAUGAGGAUGAGUUCGCACGAGGGCUUCUUGAGCUCAGGAAUACUCCACGGGCGGGCGGUAGAUCUCCAGCGCAAAUCUUGUUUGGACAUCCUUUGCGUUCCAAGAUUCCGGCUCAUCAUCGUUAA